UCCAGAGGGCUGUGCUGGUAUCUGCUUGGUUUACUCCUGCUGCUAAUUCUUAGAACUUCCUCCCUGUGCCAGGGGCUGUUUACCAGGGGAUUACAGGCAGUUGAUCUUGUCUAAUUUAGUUUCCUUUUAACCUAGAAGGAAUUAAUCCCCUCCUGGCCCAUGCAAACAGCAGCCCGUUUUGUGUGGGUGCAAGAUUGGGUCUGUGUGGAAUCAAAUGCUUCCAACUCUCAUCUCUAGCAAGGUUUCAGGUCACUUAAAGUCUUUGAGUGCCAGUGCCAGGGACUGGCUCUGGUCUGGGGGUCCUCCUGGAGCCUCCAGCAGCUCUGGUAAGAGAACAUCACUGCUGUCAUUGGUCAGUGGGAUCUCAAUGGCAAAGAGGUGCUCUCUCAGCAGCCACUUUCCAUCCUGUCUGUGUCUUUCCCUCUCUGAGACAAGUGUGAUUUAAAUUUAAAGGGGACAAAGAGGUCACCCAGGAAGGGACAAUGCACCCUGAGCCUUUUCCUCUGCUCCUGGGUUGUCCUUGCACCACACAAAACAGGUGAAGAACAGCCACAAGCCUGUGUUGGCAUCACUGGUGUCUCGCUGGUGCUUAGGUGGGGGCUGUGACCCCCAUCUUCUCCUGUCCCCUUCCUCCUCCAUCCUCUGCUGUCCCUCCCUGGUCCUGCAUUGGGAAGAUGCCAUGUUGCUGUGGGAUCUGUGUUGGAUCAGCCUGAAACACAGGGUUCCUGGUUUGUGGGGACCUUUGAACUUGGCUUUGUCUGAAACCAGCCCUGGCUGUGGCCAGGGAGAGCCCUACUGGCACCUGCACCUGGAUGGGCAUCCCCAGGAGCCACAGGGAUGCCAGGGUGCUGCUGAGCUUACUGGGAGCCACCUGGGACUCUGAAAGAGUUGUCCAGGGGCAAAGCCUGGUUUAAGGUCUUGUGUAGACAGGGUGCCUGGCCAGAGCCUCAGACACAGAUUUUGGGGCUGGGAUUGUCCCAGAGCCUGGAUCCCGGUAGUUGGGGUUCCUGGGAUGCUGGAGCUGCCGACUUUCCCUCUGUUGUGAGCCUUUGGUGUUUUCCUGGGAGCCAGGGCCACCUUGUGCUGAGCCUGGGCCACAAGUUUGCUGGACUGCAAAGUAACACCAUAUUCUGAGAACUGCUGAUUCCCAAACUGCUGCUGCCACCUUGGGAAGUGCUUGGUUGGCUUUGUCCGUGGGCAUUCUGCUGUUCUGUAGCGUUUUAAACAGAUGCUGCAAGGAGAUGCUUUAAAAUGUGCUUCAGUGGCUGCAGUGCACUCUCUCCAAGUUGUGUUCCCAGCCCUGCAAAGUGCUCUCUGUCCCUCUGCUGGAAAGCUGCUGCUGUGGCUGUGUGAGCCCAAACAUUCUCUGAGCCAGGGCGAGGUCUCCCGCUCUCCCUCUGGGGCUCUGUUCUUUCCACCCUAAACUGGUUUUUCGAGUCAUUUUUUCAGAUGUGCCUCCAUCUCUGCUGCUCACCUGCGUUCGGGGAGGAGCCUCCCAGGAGCUGCUCUUUACUGCUCUGCAGAGCGUCCCUCGCUGAGUCCUGGCCUUCCAUCCCGACAGACUGCAGCAGGGAGCAGGAGCCAGAGCCCACCACGAGCCUGCAGAGCCCGGGACACCAGCUGGGACCUGGCCAACAUGUUCAAGGGGGUGGGCAAAGGCUCCCCGAGCAGAAGUUCCCCCAGCAGAGGUUCCCCUGUCAAACCGAGCAAGUCCUCCACAAACGAGCUGGCCGUGCUCAUCUCCCGCAUGCAGACAAAUGCUGACCAGGUGGAGAAGGACAUCCUGGAGACUCAGUCCAGACUCAAGCAGGACUCCAGCAAUCACCAGAAGAACAAAGCUUUUGAGUACCAGACAGAGAAUGCCAGGAACCUGAAGGAAGCUGAGACCCUGCUGAAGGAUCUCUUCCUGGAUGUGGACCGUGCCAAGAGGCUGAAACACCCACAGGCUCCUGAGAUAGAGAAAGACAUCCAGCAGCUCCAUGACCGUGUGACACAGCUCUGUGCGGAGUACCGGGCCCUCUACGAGCAGCUGAACAUCCCCGAGGUGGGGCCCAGGGUGGACUGGACCAGGAUCCUGGACCAAAAGAUGAAACAAGUCAAUGCAGGACAGUACGGCCCCGGCAUGUCAGAGCUGGAAAAGCAAAUAGCUGAGCACAACAUCCUCCAGAAGGAGAUCGAAGCCUACGGGCUCCAGAUCAAGAACCUCCGCUCCGGGGAUGUGGCAGAUUUAAAAAGCCAGUACAAGGACUUGCUGAAAGCUUCCAUCUGGCGAGGGCAGAGCCUUGGCAGCCUCUACCACCACCUCCAGGGCUGCACCAAGGAGCUGGGCUACCUGACGGAGCAGCAGACCAAGAUCCUGAAGCAGGACUGGAGUGACCAAAUGAUGGAUGUGCAGAGCGUGCGUCGGGAGUACGAGGAUUUCAAGUCCAAUGAGCUGCUCAGCCAGGAGGAGUUUGUGAACCACCUUCAGGAUGAUGGGGACAGGAUGAUUGAGCUGAAGCACCCAGCCAUCAAACCUAUCCAGGCUCACCAGGAAGCUUUGAAGAACGAGUGGCAGGAGACAUUCCAGGAUGAUGCUGAGGCUGUGAGCCGCUCCCUGAAGAAGAUGAGCUCUGACCUGGACACCAAAUACAGCAAGUUCAACAAAGACAGCCCUGGGGUGGUGUCAGAUCUGCUGCUUCAGCUGGAGAACGAGGAGAAGGUGUUGAAGCAGGCAGAGAAGAGCAUCACUGACCUGAAGAGAAGGAGCAAAGAGAUCAGCCCACUGAAACUGCGCAGGACACGUCCCCCUCAGCCCCUCACCCUGGACACCCUCUGUGACUGGGAUGCUGGGGAGGUGCAGCUGACCAGAGGGGACAAGUACACUCUGAAGGACAACAGCAACCCAGAGAUGUGGGUGGUUCAGAGCAGCACUGGAGUGGUCCAGGAGGCACCUUCUGCUUGUUUCUCCAUCCCUCCUCCUGACCCUGAGUCCAUAGACAAGGUCAACAGGUUGGAAGGGGAACUGAGCACAGUGAAGCAGAAGCGAGCAGCGGUUCAGAGCACCCUGAGACGCAGCCAAAAGGAGCAGGUGCAGCCCAGCCAGCAAGCUCUGUCCAAGAGCCCUCCAGCAGUCCAGGAUGAUCCCAAAGCUGACCAGCUCCUCAGCAGCCUGGAUCGCAUUGGCAAGGACCUGGUCCAGGUGGAGAAGGAGGUCCUGAACCGAGUGAGGUCUCCUGUGAACUACAGUGACCCUACAGAUGACCUUGGCAGGAGGAUCAAACAGCAGCAGGAAACAACAAAGAAACUUGAGAACCUGGGGGCAGCCAAGGAUGCCUUGCAGAAGGAGUGUGAGACCUACCUUUCCAAAAAACCCACCAGCACCUCGGCUUCCCAGCUCCCUGUCACGCUGAAUGCCCUCAGGAGCAAAUACAACGAUGUCAAUAUGCUCUCCAGCCUGUACAACGAGAAGGCUAAGGCUGCCCUGAACCUGGAGACUCAGAUUGAGAACACAGACAAGAUUGUCAGCACAUUUGAGGCCAAGCUGGCUCAGGACAGCAUCAUUCCUGCAUCCCCCAAUGCCCUGCAGGAUCGGGCCAAUGACCUGCAGAAGUUGAGGCGGGACCUGGUGGCCCAGGAGGACUGUGUGCUGAAGCUGAACCGAGGGCUCAAGGAUGCUGAGCACAGCUGCAGUGCUGUGCAGAACAACUUCCAGGAGUACUGCCCUGACCUGCCCCGGCAGAAGCGGGAGGUGCAGCUCCUCAACGAUCGCUACCACGCCGUGGCUGACCAGCUGGAUCAGCGAGAGAAGACCCUCAGAAACAUCAGCCUCACCUACCAGCAGUUCCAAAACUCCAAUGAGAACCUGAUGUUCUGGAUGAACAACCUACCCAGGCACCAAGUGAAGACCACUGAUGGGCCAAGCCAGAUCAAAUACAAGCUGCAGGCACAGAAGAGGCUGGUGGAGGAGAUCCAGAGCAAGGAGCCUGAGAGGAACGCCCUGAUCCGGCUGUCCCAGAACGUGCAGUCCACACUCAAUGACUAUGAGCUUGAAGCAGGCAAGUACAGCUCUUCUCUGGACCCUUCCCUGACUGACUCUGCUGCAAAGAGGCUGCGUGUGACCCCCCUGCAGGAAAGCAUCCAGGCCCAGGAAAAUGAUGUCACCAAGCUCUACAUGGAGCUGGCAGCAGAAAAUAAACAGCAGCUCAGCCGGCUGGAGUUUGCCAAGAAGAUUGUUGAGAAGAAGGAAGUGCAUGAGGGCAUUGAAGCUGUACAUGAGCAAACCCAGAAAGCUGAAAACAAAGCCACAACCAGCAGGGAAUCUGAGGGGUUGAAAUUGCAGCUGGAGGAGGAAAGGAGGAAAGUGGCCAGGAUUGAAGAGGACCUGGAGGAACACAGAAACAAGCUGCUGAUGUUGAAAACUCAGAAGCCCAUUGAAAGAGUAGAAGAAAAAGAGGUGAUUGAAUACUACAGAGACCCACAGGUGGAAAGCAACCUGUCUAGGAUGGCACAGCAGAUUGAAGAGGAAGGCAAAAAGAGGCAGAGCCUGCAAGAAGACAUUGAUAUGAUGAGCCGAAAGCUUGCCCAGAUGGAGAGCGAGAAGAAGGUGGCUCCUGCCCAGCUCCUCACCAAAGAGAUCACAAAAAUUGAGAAGGAUCCAGGCCUGGAUGGCCAAGCAGCCAGUCUUCGUCAGGAGAUCAAGCGUCUCCAGGAGGAAAGCUUGGCUGCUGCUUCUGAACUUGAGCAGCAUAAGAGGGAGCUGCACAUGCUGGAGCGAAAGCAGCCCAACAUCCGAGAGAAAGUGGUGGUGAAGGAGCUCAUCAAACUGGAGAAAAACCCAGAAAUGCUGAAAUCUGUUAGGACCCUGCAGUUACAAAUCGAUGAGGAGUCCUUCAAAAGAAAGUCUGCAGAAGAAGCAAUAGAGAAAGUGAAGAACAAGAUUGAGGAGGUGGAAAGGCUGAUUGAAACAACAGAACCCAAAAUUAUUGUUAAAGAGGUGAAACAGGUAGAGCAGGACCCAGAGUUACUGAAAGAGACUUCCAAGCUUAAAACUCUGAUUGAAGAAGAGAGGAGCAAAAACUUGCUGCUGACAGGUGAGCUGGGAGAGCUGCAGAGCCAGUACAGCAUCGCAGAGAAGCAAAAGCCCAGGAUAGAGGUGAAAGAGAGGGUCAAUGAGAUCUUCCUGGUGGACCCUGAAACAGAGAAGCAGAUUGCACACCUGAAGAGGGAGCUGCAGGAAGUCACUCUGAAAAGGACAAAGAUUGACAGUGAAGUGGAAGAGGCCUUAGCAGAGCUCAAAGUCCUCAGGUCACAGAAACCGGAGGUGGAAUUCAAGGAGGUUAUAGAGGAGGUGGUGAAACAUGAAAAGAGUCCAGAGAUUCUCAGAGAAAUUGACAGGCUGAAAGAGCAGCUCAAUGAACUUGUGAACACCAACGGCAGGACCCAGGAGCAGCUCAUUAGGCUGCAGGGGGAAAGGGAUGAAUGGAGGAGGGAGAGAUCCAAGGUGGAAACCAAGCUGGUCAACAAGGAAGUCAUUCGAUAUGAGAACGAUCCACUCUUGGAAAAAGAAGCCGAUCGCCUGCGUCAGGAGGUGCGCAACAUGUCCCAGAAGAGGAGAGCUGCAGAGGAUGCCAUCUAUGACCUGCAGAAUAAAUACAUGCUGCUGGAGAGGCGGAAGCCAGAGGAGAAGGUGGUUGUUCAAGAGGUGAUACUGACCCAAAAGGAUCCAAAGCUCCGAGAUGAGCACAGCAGACUGAGACGCAGUCUGGAUGAGGAGGUGAGCAACAGGCGUCGCCUGGAACGCGACGUGCAGCAGGUUCGUGUGCUGGUGGAAGAGCAAGAGAAGCUGCUCAACUUUCAGGAGGAUCGAAGCAAGAGGCUUGCACUGGAGAAGGAGAUGAGGCAAAUUACACUGAGAAUAAAGGAGCUGGAGGAGAGCCCAGCCCCAGUACAAGAAAAAAUAAUUAUGGAGGAAGUUGUCAAGCUGGAGAAGGAUCCGGUCCUGGAACAGUCUGCCAGCAACCUGCGCUUGGAGCUGGACCGUGAGAAGAUGGAGGUGCUGAGCUUGCAGAGAGAAUGCAAGAACCUGCAGGUGCAAGUCGAUGUCCUUCAGAAAACGAAAUCCCAGGAGAAGACCAUCUACAAGGAAGUGAUUCGAGUGGAAAAGGACAGAGCACUGGAGAGUGAACGUGCACGCAUCUGGGAGCUGCUGAGCAGGGAGAGGGGAGCCAAGCAAAAGGCAGAAGAAGAGGUCCGGCGGCUCCGGGAGAAAAUCGAGAGAGCUGAAGGCAUGAAGAGGACAUGGGCUCGUGAAGAGACAGAGCUGCAGAAAGCCAGGAACCUGGCUAUCCAGGAGAGAGCCAACCUGGAGAGUGAACUGCGGGAGCUGGAGAGGCAGAAGCAGCAGAAAGUCCUCUUCCUUCGGGAGGAAUCCAAACUGCUCAGCCAGCGGACUGAGAAUGACAGGCAGAAAAAGAAGCAGCUGGAACAUGAGGUUUCCCUGCUGGAGGCAGACAUCCUUAGGGAGAAGGACCAGAUCUACAACAAGGAGAGGUUCAUUCGGGAUCUCCAGUCAAAGGUCAACCGUGAAGAAAUCAAUCAUGAGACCCAGAUGAGAGAGACAAACCUCUCCACCAAGAUCUCCAUCUUGGACCCUGACACAGGGAAGGACAUGUCUCCUUAUGAAGCCUAUAAGCGAGGUAUCAUAGACAGAGGCCAGUACAUCCAGCUGCAAGAGCUGGAGUGUGACUGGGAGGAAGUCACCACCCUGGGCCCAAAUGGGGAAAUCUCACUUCUCCUUGACAAGAAAAGUGGGAAGCAGUAUUCCAUUGAUGAUGCACUAAGGCUGAGGAGGAUCACAAAGGAGGAGUACCAGCUCUACCGGGAUGGCAAGAUUCCCAUCUCUGAAUUUGCCUUGCUGGUGGCUGGGGAAACCAAGCCUCCCUCGUCCCUCUCAAUUGGCUCCAUCAUCUCCAAAUCCCCACUCACAUCACCCACCACCCACCAAACCCAAACCUUCUUCCCCCCAGCCUCACAGAAGGGCAUAUGUGAUGACACAUCCCCCAUCGCCGGGGUGUAUGACACCACCACCAACACCAAGUACAACAUCAAAACUGCUGUUGCGAAGAAGCUGCUCGAUCCCAUGACAGCUCAGAAGCUUCUGGAAGCCCAGGCUGCCACGGGGGGCAUCAUAGACCUCAUUUCCAGGGACCGGUUCUCAGUCCACAAGGCGAUUGAGCGGGGGCUGAUUGACAGGACCUACAUGCAGAGACUGCUGAAUGCACAGAAAGCUUUCACAGGCAUUGAGGACCCGGUGACCAGGCGAAGGCUGUCUGUGGGGGAAGCAGUUCAGAAGGGUUGGAUGACCAAGGACAGUGCUUUCCCCUACCUGCAAGUCCAGCACCUAACUGGAGGGCUCAUUGAUCCCAAGAAAACUGGUCGCAUCCCUGUGCUGGAAGCUGUCCAGACUGGGAUGAUAACGAGCAACCUGGCCAAUAGGCUCCAGGAUGAGUCCAACUAUGAAAAAGAUCUCAUUGACCCUGUCACUAAAGAGAAGAUAAAUUACAAGGAGGCCAUGGCCCUCUGCCAGAAGGAUUCUCUGAGCCACCUCCUGCUGCUCCCGGCCGCGUCGGAGGGGUAUCAGCGGUACCACCAGGCCAGCCGCUCCCCCAGGCUCUCACGGUUCAGGCACUGAAUGGACCAAGGCACAUACUGGGGCUGGUUCCUUCAGGAGUUCAUCCCUUCAGAACACCUCUCCUCACGGAGGCAGCAGGCCCACAGGAAUGGAGCAUCUAGAAUUUAGGGCUGCCUACGCUUCUCUCUUAGCUCCCUGCCUCCCAACACAGCUCGGCUGUGCAAGGACAAAACCGUGGUGAUGGCCUGCCAUGGACGGGUCCCCACAGCCCCCAGCUGCUGUUCCCUAAUCAGCCCAGAGAGGGGUUGACUGCCUGAACUUCAUGGGCAGUUAUAUGUGGCUAUGGCCAGAAAGGGGGGAGAGCCAGAGUGUUUUCCAGCUGGGUGAUUCUGCAUGCAAUAAACAUAGCAAGCGAGUGGC